CGCCGCCGGCCCCCUCUGUGGGGGCGCGAGCACGCCGCCGUCCUCGUCGUGGUGAGCGCGGCCACUCGGGCUGGUCCUGGGGGCGGGGCUGUAGGGGAAAGUGCUAAAGCCGCUGAGGUGCAGUGGCUCACACCUGUAAUCCCAGCACUUUGGGAGGCCAAGGCAGGUGGAUCACCUGAGGUCGGGAGUUCAAGACCAGCCUGACCAACAUGGAGAAAUCCCAUCUCUACUAAAAAUACAAAACUAGCCAGGCAUGGUGGUGCAUGCGUGUAAUCCCAGCUCCUCGGGAGGCUGAAGCAGGAGAAUCGCUUGAAUCCGGGAGGCAGAGGUUGCGUGAAGUAAGAAUUCUGCUAGAGAGGAAAUGGCUGCUUCAUCAUCAUCCUCCUCAGCUGGUGGGGUCAGUGGAAGUUCUGUCACUGGAUCUGGUUUCAGUGUCUCAGACCUUGCCCCACCACGGAAAGCCCUUUUCACCUACCCCAAAGGAGCUGGAGAGAUGUUAGAAGAUGGCUCUGAGAGAUUCCUCUGCGAAUCUGUUUUUAGCUAUCAAGUGGCAUCCACGCUUAAACAGGUGAAACAUGAUCAGCAAGUUGCUCGGAUGGAAAAACUAGCUGGUUUGGUAGAAGAGCUGGAGGCUGACGAGUGGCGGUUUAAGCCCAUCGAGCAGCUGCUGGGAUUCACCCCCUCUUCGGGUUGAUGCUGCCUGGAUGGUCACCUCUGGUGUGCAGCUAGUGCAAAGCCAGUGGGGGACUUUCUCACAGCUUACAUAGCCAUCCAGAGAUCCACAGCUACAUCGCUGAAUUGUUAAUGCACAUUUGUACUUGGUUUCUCUGUAUCUAUUCACAGUCAACAAAUACUUAUAUGUGUGAUCUUUCAGGGAAUAUUUUGUUUAUUUGUUUUUAAAAGUAUUGGGAAUCAGAUUAAGACAGUCGGUUUCAGAGAACCAGGAGGUUUGGGGUUAAGAGAUACUUAAAAAUUUUCACAAGCCAGGUAGGGCAUAUAUCAGAUUUGGCCAACUGAAUGGCAUCUGUCCUGUCAUCCAUAUGGUGCCUGGAAAUAUUUACCAGUCAAGGUCAAGGUCAGCAUCUGUGGUUAAAAAUACAGCAUUCUGACCUAAAAAAGUUAUUUUGCAGAUGAAUGUGAUUUCACCUCAGGACCUAUCCAAAUGAGGAAUUUUUAAAUAUUCAUUUUUUUUUCCUAUUUUUAGACAUCAAUUCUAUAGAUUCUAACUUUUUCUAACCUCUUCUAGACAUGCCAAGUGCUGGCAAAAAGAAGUGCUUUUCGGAUAUGGCAGCACUUGUAAAAAUAAAGCAGUAAGCAAAAUCCUUUUAAACCCAGAAAUCCUGAGUUCUUCUCAUUGGUGGACUCAAGCAAUUCUGUAGCAAAUAAAUCCUUUGAAAGAGCUCCAAA